UUCUAAGUUCCAAAUUGUCGGUAUGGAAUGUAAAAACUAACAUAUAGUGCGACAUUUUGACUUCUUCAUAACGACUAAAACGAAAUGGCACAUGUCCCGCUAAUCUAAUGAGUCCAAUCUAUAGAAUUGUCCUUUGAGUGUGUGACCAACAGCGUGACCAAGUUGGCUACGGAUUUGACGUAUUAGACUGGCGAAAUGACGUUGCAAAGCAAAUGGUUCAAAAUUGUAAAGGAAACGUAGCAUUGCAGGAAAUACAGCUGAGCUCUUUCAGUGGGUGUAUUUAUGGCAGUUGGGCAUGCGCAAUAAAUACAUAACGGAAAGUUGAAACCCAUACUAUUGGACCAGCCAAUGUUGCAAAACUAUUAAAAUAUCAAGGACAUAAUGUUCGUAUUGCUGCUCCGACUUAUCUUAAAGACAGGCUGAGUGAAUUUGGAGUUGAUUUACUGCUAUACCACUGUUUUGAUGACUUAAAGGAAUACCCUGAUACAAAGAACAUACUGUCAAAACAGGGCUUUUCGCCGAUUAAAAUGACACUGACAGGAGACGAAUUAACCAAGAAACUUUUGUACAUAAGCACAAAAAUCUUGAAAGAUAAUUACUUUGUGAAGGAAAUAAAAAAAUUCGACCCGGAGUUAAUUUUACUGGACUCCUCAGUUCCUGCUUUUAUGCUGGUCCUUAUACCUUACAAGUUCGACGUUCCUUUUAUAAUGAUUGGUGAAAAAGAUUACCCUCAUCUCACACGAACGCCUAUUGUACACACUGUCUUCCCUCAAAUCAUAUUUUCAUCGUACACGGAUCAAAUGAACUUUCAACAGCGUUUACUGAAUACUCUACUAAGUUUGAUGAGGUAUUGGAUACACCCAAUGAAUAAUGUAUCAUUGUUAUCAGAAUUCGUUCCCGAAAAACCGUACGUUUCCCCAAUAGAGCUACAAACUAGAGCUCAACUGUGGAUAAUUUGGCAACAAAGCGUGUUCAGUUAUAAUGAGCCAAUGAUGCCCAACGUGAAACGUGUCGGCCAUCUACAUAAUCCCAGUCUCAGAGAACUUCCAAUCGAGUUCAAAACUUUUAUGAAUGAGGCGGAAUAUGGCGUUGUGAUCGUUUCAUUUGGUUCAGUUAUAGCAUCUGUGCCAUCAGAAAUAAUGGGAAUAUUAUUAAAAGCCUUUGAACGAACGAAAUAUAAAUAUAUCAUACAAAGUCCAUGGCAAAACAACACAUCAUCUCAGUUCAUGUUCAAUAAAUGGCUUCCACAGUUUGACCUUCUUCGUCAUAAAAAUACAAAACUUCUCAUUUCUCACUGUGGCAGUAACAGUAUUCAAGAAGCAAUAAUUGCAGGUGUUCCUAUACUAGGUUUUCCAGUAUUUGGUGAUCAACCAGCUAAUGCUGCCAUGGUUGUAAAUAAAGGUUUCGGAGCGAUGCUAAACAUACGCUCGUUUUCUAUUGAAGAACUAGUUUCAACAAUUGAAAAGGUAACAACAAAUUUGAAGUACAGGAAAAAAAUUCAGAAAGCUUCUGCGAUUUUGAGAUCUGAAAAAUCACCUGUUGAAGAGGCAGCUUACUGGAUAAAUCAUGUUCUUAUGUUUGGUGGUGAUCAUUUUAGAUCAUAUGCUCAAGAUAUCCCUUUAUGGAAGUACCUUGGUUUGGACAUUAUCGUCUUUUUUCUGAUAAUAUGGCAUGCAUGCAUCUAUUUACUUGUUAAAUUUUCCAAAAAGAUGUUUCGUCUUUGUUUUCGAUACAAAGAAAAACAUGACUAACGAGCAAAAACGUCUUAGUCAUUUAUUCACACCUAAUUUGUGCAUAAUCAAAAUCGUGGCCCGAAAUUUUCCAGGUGGAAAGCAGUGAAUUUUCAUGAGUAUAUGAUAGCCCACCAGAAGACUUUUUAUUGAGCCAUUACGACAGCAAUUUAAAAAAUGUCCAAAAAGAUGUUUCUUCUUUGUUUUCGAUACAAAGAAAAACAUGACUAACGAACAAAAACGACUUCGUCUUUUAUUCACACCUAAUUAUGUGCAUAAUCAAAAUCGUAGCCCGAGAUUUUCCAGGUGGAAAUCAGCGAAUUUUCAUUAUGAGUAUAUGAUAGCCCAUCAAAAGACUUUUUAUUGAGCCAUUACGACAGCAAUUUAAAAAAUAAAUGUCAUCAUUAUUGAAAGUCUUAUGUUGGGCUAUCAAAUUGAAAAGCAACCUCAUAAAUCAUCUUUUGUAAUUCGGCAGAGGCAGCUUACUGGAUAAAUCAUGUUCUUAUGUUUGUGGUGAUCACCUUAGAUCAUAUGCUCAAGAUAUCCCUUUAUGGAAGUACCUUUGUUUGGACAUUAUCGUCUUUUUUCUGAUAAUAUGGCAUGCGUGAAUCUAUUUACUUGUUAAAUUGUCCAAAAAGAUGUUUCUUCUUUGUUAUUGAUACAAAGCAAAAAAUGACUAACGAAUUCACACCUAAUUAAGCGCUUAUUCAAAAUCGUUACCAGAUUUUUGCCAGGUGGAAAGCGAAUUUUCUUUAUGAAUAUAUUAUAGCCCAACAUAAAACUUUCAAGAGAACCAUUGCAACAAUAAACUACAAAAAUAAAAUGGUUUUUAUCAAAAAUGAAUUAAUAAACGUCAUCAUUAAAAACACA